AUGAAGGACCCCCGUGCAUCGAAGCGGAGAAGAGUCUCCCAGGAUGAAGACGGGGACAUUGAGAUGGGCACCGAAGAUGAAGAUGUCUUUGCUAUCCCAUCGUCCCCCGAUAGCGAUAGAGCAUCUCCGACGCCUAGAAAAGCAUCCCGGCGCCAAUCUACCCAUACCGAGGAGGUGCAGACACCCGCACGGGCUGGAACACGGACAAGUGGACGACAGCGAAAAACACCGAAGAGGUUUGAGCAAGAAGCUACUACGCCAUCUUCGAGGCGCAAAUCGGCAGCUACACCGAGGAGUGGGCGUCCAGCCCGGAGCGCGCAAAAGCCAACACAAUCUCCUCUGGUAGACGAGGACGACGAUGGCGCGGAAGAGGUCGAAGAGGAAGACGAUGAUUUCAAGGAUGAGGAGGAAGAUGAGGAAGAUGCUGAAAUGGAAGUUGAUGAGCCCUCUCCGGAAUUUGCUCCCCGCGCUGUGGCCAGGACUAGAUCAAGAAGAAGCACAGCGAAGCCCAGAGCCAGCAAAAAGGUCUCUGACGAGCCGAAAGAAAAGUCGCCUUCGCCGGAAUACCAGGACGGUCUGGAUGAUCUUGUGGCGAUGCAGCUUCAACAAGAUCUCCAUGAGAUCCAACCGGCUCUGCAGGAUGCCGUGGAGGUCUCUGAGCCUUUGCCAGAAUACGCGGAGAAAUUCCAAGCACUCUGCCAGAGUGGUCUAGGGGAUGAAGUGCGCAUUCUUUCAACCAUUCUGCUUGAAAAGCUGUCUGGGAAACGACAGGUUCCGCUACGAGGGCUUGAGCCGGAGUACCAAAAAGUCCAUCAACUAGUUGAGUCAACUGUCUCCGUCGGCGAGGGUAACUCAAUGCUUCUUCUUGGGUCUCGGGGAUGUGGAAAGACCGCCAUUGUGGAAUCGAUCAUCUCAUCUCUUGCCAAGGAGCACAGAAAUGAUUUCCACGUUGUUCGUCUUAAUGGUUUCUUGCACACGGAUGACCGUCUAGCUUUACGAGAGAUGUGGCGCCAGCUCGGUCGUGAGACUCACACCGAGGACGACGCCGCCAAGGUCAGCUCUUAUGCAGAUACCAUGGCGACACUGCUGGCUAUGCUAUCACACCCAGAAGAACUGUUCGGGGCUUCGGGGGGUGGAGGUGCAACUGCUGCGAAGUCGAUCGUGAUCCUGUUGGACGAGUUCGACUUAUUCGUCACCCAUCCAAGACAGACCCUGCUGUACAAUCUGUUCGAUAUUGCCCAGGCACGCAAGGCACCAAUUGCAGUCAUUGGCCUGACGACCAAGGUCGACGUCACCGAGAUGCUCGAGAAACGUGUCAAGAGUCGUUUCAGCCAUCGAUACGUCUACGUCCCACUCCCUCGAUCCUUCGAGAACUUCUCAGAUGCCUGUCUAGGAAGUCUGGAUCUAAAUGAGAGCGAGAUGGCAGGUAUCGCAGAUGAACUCGGUACCGAGCGUUCCCUAGUCGAGUCAGACAAAUGGAAGACGCUCCUCGACGGAUGGCAAGAAUAUCUCCAGCACAUGUGGAACGACAAAGACCUCCAAUUCCACCUGCGACGAAUCUACAACCAAACCAAAACCCCCAAAGAAUUCUUCACAAGCGCUCUCCUCCCCAUCAGCGACCUCCUCCAAAGCGUGUCAACCCCAGACCCCCAAACCACCCCCCAAAUUCCAACCCCCAAAGCCUUCACAUCCCAACCGCUCUCCUGCCCCGACCCAGCACCCCCCCCCUUCUCAACAUCAAUCACAUCAUCAAGCCCUUCCUCCCUCCCCCUAGCCCUGUUAGUAGCAGCAACCCGCCUAGCAGCCCUCUUCGAUCCCGGAACCGACGGUUCCCAGAGCAUGACCCCGCUAGCACUCUCCUUCCCAGCUGCAUACGCGGAAUAUGUGCGGCUGCUGACGUCUGCGAAGACAAAUGCUUCUGUGAGUGGUGCGGCUGCUACGCCUGGAAGGGUCUGGGGACGGGACGUUGCCCGCGAGUCUUGGGAGAAGUUGUUGAGCUGGGGUCUUGUUACCCCUGUUGGCAGUGGGAACGGAACUGCUGAUGGGCAGAUGUUCCGCGUGGAAAUUAGUUUCGAGGAGGUUAUUGAGAUGGCUGGGUCUGGUGGUGCUUUGGGACAGUGGUGGCGUGAAUAG